GCGGCGGUCGGGGGAGCCGGCGGGAGCCGCGUGUCCAGCGGGCGGGACCUGAACUGUGUCCCCGAGGUGGCCGAUACCUUGGGGGCGGUGGCCAAGCAGGGCUUCGACUUCCUCUGUAUGCCUGUUUUCCACCCUCGCUUCAAGAGGGAGUUCACCCAGGAGCCCGCCAAGAUCCGCCCUGGACCCCAGACCCGAUCCGACCUGCUGCUCUCCGGACGGGAUUGGAACACGUUGAUCGUGGGGAAGCUCUCGCCCUGGAUCCGCCCCGACUCCAAGGUGGAGAAGAUCCGCAGGAACUCGGAGGCGGCCAUGCUCCAGGAGCUGAAUUUCGGGGCGUAUCUGGGGCUCCCGGCUUUCCUGCUGCCCCUCAACCAGGAGGACAACACCAACCUGGCCAGAGUCCUGAUCAAUCACAUCCACACUGGCCACCACUCUUCCAUGUUCUGGAUGCGGGUGCCCCUGAUGGCUCCCGAAGACCUGCGGGACGACGUCAUCGAGAACGAGCCGGCGACGCGGACGGACGAGUGCGCCGGGGAGGAGAAAACCUGGAUGUGGUGGCACGGUUUCCGGACCCUGUGUGACUACAGCAAGCGGAUUGCAGUGGCUAUUGAGGUCGGCCCUGACCUCCCAUCCAGUCACAUCAUCGACCGCUGGCUUGGGGAGCCCAUCAAAGCAGCCAUUCUGCCCACCAGCAUCUUCCUGACCAAUAAGAAGGGAUUCCCGGUCCUCUCCAAGAUGCACCAGAGGCUCAUCUUUCGACUCCUCAAGCUGGAGGUGCAGUUCAUCAUCACGGGCGCUAACCACCAUUCGGAGAAGGAAUUCUGCUCCUACCUGCAGUACCUGGAGUACCUGAGCCAGAACCGCCCACCCCCCAACGCCUACGAGCUGUUCGCCAAGGGCUACGAGGACUAUCUGCAGUCCCCGCUGCAGCCGCUGAUGGACAACCUGGAGUCUCAGACGUACGAGGUGUUUGAAAAAGACCCCAUCAAGUAUUCCCAGUACCAGCAGGCCAUCUACAAGUGCCUGCUGGACCGGGUGCCCGAGGAGGAGAAGGACACCAAUGUGCAGGUGUUGAUGGUGCUGGGCGCCGGCCGGGGCCCCCUGGUAAACGCCUCCCUCCGAGCCGCCAAGCAGGCCGAUCGGCGGGUCAGGCUGUACGCCGUCGAGAAGAACCCCAACGCCGUGGUGACGCUGGAGAACUGGCAGUUCGAGGAGUGGGGCAGCCAGGUGACGGUGGUGUCAUCCGACAUGCGGGAGUGGGCGGCGCCCGAGAAGGCGGACAUCAUCGUCAGCGAGCUCCUGGGCUCCUUCGCCGACAACGAGCUGUCUCCCGAGUGCCUGGACGGGGCCCAGCACUUCCUGAAAGAUGAUGGGGUGAGCAUCCCCGGGGAGUACACCUCCUACUUGGCUCCCAUCUCCUCCUCCAAGCUUUACAACGAGGUCCGGGCCUGUCGGGAGAAGGACCGAGACCCCGAGGCCCAGUUUGAGAUGCCGUACGUGGUCCGGCUCCACAACUUCCACCAGCUGGCCGAGCCGAAGCCCUGCUUCACGUUCAGUCACCCGAACCGAGACCCCGUGAUCGACAACAACCGCUACCAGACCCUGGAGUAUCCCGUGGAGGUGAACACGGUCCUGCACGGCUUCGCCGGCUACUUCGAGACGGUGCUGUACCAGGACAUCACCCUGAGCAUCCGCCCCGAGACGCAUUCACCAGGCAUGUUCUCCUGGUUUCCCAUCCUCUUCCCCAUCAAGCAACCCAUCACGGUGCGAGAGGGCCAGACCAUCUGCGUGCGCUUCUGGCGGUGCAGCAACUCCAAGAAGGUGUGGUACGAGUGGGCCGUGACGGCGCCCAUCUGCUCCGCCAUCCACAACCCCACGGGCCGCUCCUACACCAUCGGCCUCUAGCCCGGCCCGGGGGCCGGGACCUCGCCUGUCCCCGCGGCCCCUCGCUUCGGGGCGAGGGACGGGGAGAGGCUGGGCCGCCCCGAGCGGACGGGCCAACGGCCGCGUUCGAGACUUUCCCUCCGGGGCACAGGGAGCCGGUGUACGGAGCCAAGCCAACCUGGACUGGGUGAAUUCAGCUCACUUCCUCUCGUGGUACCGCUCUGGGCCCCGGGAAAGGCGAAUAAAGCGGAGCUCCCUCCCA